CGACUUUGGCAAGACGAUUCAAGAGCAGAAAUUCCAAACAACAGGGUUCUUGAAUCAACCCCCCAGAUUGUUGCGAGCAGCUGUAAGUGACCUUAGGGCACAGUAUGAGGAGGAAGGCCACCGGCUUGAAGAUGCCGUUAAUGUCGCACUCGAGAAAAAGCCAAGACUGAGGAUGAAAUACAAACGACCGGACUCAAGCACAGACAGGCUUUUCAAAUCUGCAAUCACUCACAGUUCCAGCUGCGAGACAGCCUGUGGCAAUAGUCCCUCGAACUUAGUAUCGCGACCUGACCGGACCGAAGACGACGAUAAUCCGGCAAUCCACUACGGCUUAAUUGCUUCAGCGAACCAGUUGAUGAAGGAUGCCACGGUUCGAGAUAAACUUGCAGCGGAAAAGGGCGUUCUGUGUUUUGAAAUGGAAGCGGCAGGGCUGAUGAACCACUUUCCUUGUUUAGUUAUUCGCGGUAUAUGCGACUACUCAGACUCGCAUAAGAACAAGGAGUGGCAAGGGUAUGCAGCAAUGGUGGCGGCCGCAUACGCGAAAGAUCUUCUCUGUCGAAUUCCUCCUAACGAGGUUAAGUCCGAGAGGAGGAUCAGUGAGCUUCUUUCUGACGGUUAGUCAUUCUCAGGCUCUGCGUCCAAUUGGUAGCGAGCUUCUAAUAAUAGAUGUAGUUCUUAACACUGUAUCCAGAACUAGAGCAAAUAUUGAAAGGAUGAAAUGUAAAUUGGAGAGCAGGGAAGACCUUGAUGUCCUUAAUUGGUUAACUCCAAUCGAUUACGCCCCUCAACAAAGUGACUACAUCAGGAGACGACAAAAGGGAACCGGCCAAUGGCUCUUAGACUCAGUACAAUUCCAGGCCUGGCUUAAGGGAAACACGCGGACGUUAUUCUGUCCAGGUAUUCCGGGAGCAGGGAAGACGAUACUCACAUCGAUCGUCAUUGACGAGCUCAGCGCAAGAUUUCGGAGCGACUCGGGUACUGGCAUCGCUUAUAUUUACUGCAACUUCCGACAGGAAGACAACCAGAAGGUUGAGAACUUGCUGGCCAGUCUGUUGAAACAGCUAGCUGAGAGCUAUACUUCUCUUCCAAAGAAUUUGAAAGACCUUUAUGAUCAGCAUAAGCCCAAACGAACGUCGCCAUCGUUCGACGAAAUCGCUAGAACUCUGCGGUCUGUGACUGAAUUGUAUUCGAGACUCUUCAUUAUCGUCGACGCACUUGAUGAAUGUCAGCCAUCCGACAGGAAGAGCUUCCUGGAAGAGCUCUUCAACCUCCAGACAAGACAGGGGGCGAAAAUCUUCGUGACUUCAAGAUCUAUUCCGGAGAUCGUUGAUCAGCCCAAAUCCAGUAUUCUAGAGAUUCGUGCAAGCAGGGAAGAUGUGGAGAGAUACUUGGAAGGCAACAUGGAUAAGCUACUAUCUUUCGUCCGGCGUGACCGAAGUCUACAGGAAGAUAUUAAGAAGGGAAUCUCAGAAGCCGUCGAUGGAAUGUUUCUCUUGGCGCAGAUCUACCUUGAUACGCUUGACGACAAAACAACACCAAAGGCCAUCAGAGAUGCGUUAGAAUACAUCCGGAAACGAAGCCAGGGAUUAGGCAAAGAUAGGGAGGUCCAAAUGCUAGCUGAUGCAUACGACCAAACCAUGGAGAGAAUCAAUAGUCAGAAGCUAGGCUUGAAGAGGAUGGCCACUCGAGUUCUGUCAUGGAUCACCUGCGCCAAGAGGCCGCUGACCACAUCCGAACUUCAGCAUGCGCUCGCUGUGGAAGUUGGCAAGACUGAGCUUGACGAACAAAACUUCACAGAUAUUGAAACCAUGGUCUCAGUAUGCGCUGGAUUAGUUACGGUCGACGAAGAGAGCAAGAUCAUCCGCUUGGUCCAUUAUACGACACAGGAAUACUUCGAGCAGGAAGACUUCAAGCAGAAACACGAUCGUUGGUUCCUGAACGCUGACCAAGAUAUUGCCAACACUUGUCUGGCCUAUUUAUCUUUUAACGUGUUUGGGGCCGGCCCCUGGCAAAAUCCGUAUCCACACGACAAAUAUACCAACCAAGUCUAUCAAUAUGGAUAUCCAUUCUAUAAAUAUGCCGCACAGAAUUGGGGACACCAUGUUCAAGCAGCCUCGAUGGAGGCGGAACCACUGGUUCUAAAUUUUCUUGGGCAAGAGGACAAGGUGUGUGCCUCCAGUCAGAUAAUAGUGUUAUCUACACGUGAUGGCCUUGAUGCGGAAUGGGCAUGAUCCGGACCCCAAGGAUUCCUUCGGAGGGACACCGCUAUUGUGGGCAGCGAGAAGCGGCCACGAUAAGGUUGUCGAACUAUUACUCGAGCAGAACGGAGUCAAUCCGGACUCAAGGGGA